AGAGAGUGAGGCCAAGCCUGCGAAGCAAAAGAGAGCGAGACGCGAGGGCCUGCCCAACAACACAGUCUCUUCUUCAUGCGCCAUCGCUAUUGCCAUCUCGAAUCUCGCGGCCCCUUUUGGCAAUGCGAUUGCACGGUGCUACGAUGUGCACAGCUCCAGCACAAACCCAACAAUCGCUCCCUCCCCCCUCGCAGAAUGUAGUCGGGUUCGGGUUUUGAUUGUGGUCGUGAUUUGUAUGCCCCUCCCUGCUCCGUUGCCUCUCGCACGCGGGCCGAUGCGCGCUGCUGCUCUCACAAUCGAGUCUCUGAUGAUGCUCUGUGUGUGUCUGUAGAAGCUCUGCGUACAACCCAUCUCGUGGAUUCUCACGCCCUCGUGUCGAGUUUUCGAGAUGUUCGUGUAGUGGUAGUCUGCUUUUUGUAGUCCCGCGGAGUGUGUGCCGUUGUUGUGGUAGAGUGCUCUCAAGCGUCCGCGUCGAGAUUGGAUGUGUGUGGGUGUGUUAGCCCGGUUUUUUUUGUUAAGUUCAUGGGUGGGAAUUUCCGUAGAUUUUGUUGGCUCGAGGGUCGUGCUUGAUCUUGAGAGCGGUAAGUGUGUGUGUGUGGUGAGGACGAUUUUAGGGAAUCGGGUGUCAUUCUAGAGCUGAAUGGUCAUAGUGGGCCGGUGCAUUGGAACGUAGAGUGUGUAAGGAGGUGGUCAGAGCUUUUGGUGGUAUGUGUAACUUUAAAGCAUAAGGAUUGGGGAAAACUGCGGCAGUGGUAGUGGAGAGGUGUUCAAAGGGAUGGAAGAUGCCAAAGCCUCGAGCAGCAGGGGUGUCCGGAGGCAGGUCCUUGCGUUGUCUGCUGGAGCCAGUCACUCAGUAGCUCUACUAUCUGGUGACUUGGUAUGUUCAUGGGGUCGUGGUGAAGAUGGGCAACUUGGACAUGGCGAUGCCGAAGAACGUCACUUCCCCACAAUUGUUAGCGCCCUGGAUGACUGUGAAAUAUCGUCUGUUACAUGCGGAGCAGACCAUACUACCGCCCUAUCGAACUCGACCAAAACUGUAUACAGCUGGGGCUGGGGAGAUUUUGGAAGACUAGGGCACGGCAAUUCAAGCGACUUGUUUAUACCACAGCCUAUCAAGGCUCUAAAGGGCCUGGAGGUAAAGCAGAUUGCUUGUGGUGACAGUCAUUGUCUCGCUAUUACUACAGAUGGUGAAGUUCUCGGCUGGGGUCGCAACCAAAAUGGUCAACUUGGUCUUGGCCACACAGAGGAUGUGCUGACCCCUCAUAAAUUGACGGCCUUUGAGGGCGUAGCAGUGAAGAUGUUAGCUGCUGGUGCUGAGCACACCACCGCCGUGACCGAGAACGGAAAGCUUUACGGCUGGGGAUGGGGGCGGUAUGGGAAUCUUGGGUUGGGUGACCGGGAGGACCGCUUAGUGCCUGACCAAGUAGCAGCUGUAGCUGGGGAGCUAAUGAAAAUGGUGGCAUGCGGGUGGCGCCACACAAUUUGUGUUGCGGAGUCUGGGAAUAUGUACACUUUCGGGUGGAGCAAGUAUGGACAAUUAGGUCAUGGUGACUUCGCCGAUCAUCUUAUUCCGCAUCAAGUCCAAGCACUGAAGAGCAAGAAGAUCCAAGCGAUCACAGGAGGUUGGCGGCAUACUUUUGCGUUGGACUCUGAUGGGCGCCUUUAUGGAUGGGGUUGGAACAAGUUUGGUCAAGUAGGAUGUGGAAACACUGAAGACCAGAGUUCUCCUCAACUUGUGAAGGGCCUUCAAGACCAGGUUGUGACUGUUGUACAAUGUGGGUGGAGACAUACACUGGCAAUGACUGAUAGAGGCAACGUGUACAGCUGGGGCCGAGGCACAAGUGGUCAGCUAGGUCAUGGCGAUACCGUAGACAGAUCUACUCCCAAGAGGAUUGAGAUACUAAGCUCUGAUGGCUUUGCCUGCGAGCAAAUCGAGAGCUCUGGAUCUUCAAAUUGCACCAGUAAGACUUCAAAUUGGAUAUCACCGGCUGAGAGAUAUGCCGUAGUGCCAGAUGAGACGUUGGGACCACUUGCUAGACGCCUGCAUCAAACUACUAACUUUGAAGGAGAGGAGCUUGAAGUACCAACCGCGAGUGAUGAUUCUUCUGGAGACGCUAAUGUGCCCGACACAGACACGAAGCGCAUGCGCACCACGCUUUGAUUGUACAGCGACCAGAGACAGAUAUUUUCGGCACACAUUCACCAUCUAGCGCUCAUCAGGGCUCAACUUUCGCAAGAGAGAUGGGCGAAUCAUCCGUUGAUAUGAAUACGGCGACGGGAAGCUUUGUCUAGAGCCUCUCAUUCCAAUUCCAAUUAGGCCGCGAGUUCGUAGUAAAGUUCCCGGCUUGUACAAAUGUAGGUAGAGCUCUACAAAGUGCUGUUGCUGAUGCAAGACGAGACAUCAUUCUGGACCUCGUAAUGUGUAAACCCACAUGUGAUCAGUGGUCUCAAUCCAUCAUUCUAUAACACCAUUUUUGGGAAGAAUACUGCACAAAUCA